AAACUGGCCUAGCUUUGUUCAGGGUUGAAGGCUUCUCUAUCUAGCUACUUGGGAGAGCAACACCAUGUCUUGCAGCACUGCUAUUAUAACCACCAUAGAGAACAACCAUACAAAUGAUGAUGCACUAUCUAAUUCUUGUUUUCAAACCCUAGAUGACCAGCAAAGAAAUAGUAGCUUAAGAUCAUCAAGAAAUGACAGUAUAUCUGAGAGUGUUUGGUUCUUCAAAAAAUAUCUGUUGACAAAAAAUCAAAACAACAUGGAUGCUAAAAUAAAUGUGGAAAUUAAUCGCAAAUUAGAGUUCCCUUGGAAUAACUUCCGACGACCCCCGUCUCUGCUAGAGCAAGUGUUGCUUCCACAACUACAAUCAUGUGGUGAAGUAGAAGCAACUCCAUCAAACGACAAGACGUCAAAACAACUCACAAUAUUCUUCAAUGGGGUUAUCAAUGUCUACAACAACAUUCCUGUAGAUAAGGCUCAAGCGAUUAUGCGUCUAGCUGGUGAAAGCUCAUUACUGAAACCUGUGGUUGCAGAAAGGCCAAAGCCAGAUGUGAGAAAACCAUCUAACAAAUCAAAGUUACGAUCGGCUUCCAAGUUAAGAGCAGGAAUACCUAUGGCAAGAAGAUACUCUCUGCAAUGUUUUCUUGAAAAGCGUAGGGACAGGAUCAUCAGCAAAUCACCUUAUGCCCUUCCAAGAGAAAAGCAGGCGGAGGAGGAUAAUGAGGCUGACAAGGGGAAGGGAUUGAAUGAAGAAAAUCGGAGACUGCUUCCUGACCUUUCACCUUUCCCUUCACGUUUAGGCUACUUUUCUCUCAAUUCAUCUCAUCAAGGCUGACAUAUAUGCAUGCUUAUCAGGAAAUAAAUGCUAGCUGUUAUAUACAAUAUGUUUAAAGAUCUGAUAUAUUUUGCAAGGGAACAUGUUUUCUUUUGUUGCAAGAGGAUAUCAUUUUUAUGGAAUUACUCGUCUUCUUAACAACAGUAAAAGAAAAAUAAUAAGGAUUAAAGAACUGGAAUUACACCAAGGUUGUUGCACUCUUGAAGGGAUUUUACCAGUUUGAAGAUUGUAGUGCCAAGAUAGCAAAGCUAGAGGAUAUUCUCUACCUGAUGAUCUUCAUGUUGCCAUCAGAUUUAGAGCCUAAUACAUUGAGUCAUUGAGGGGUCUGUUAAUCACUCUGCAGAGUUCAUAAUAUACAUAUCAAUAUAUGCAUUUGA